UGCUAAAGAAUUAUGAGCGAGGUUAUUAUUUGACAAUCAUUAACUUAACACUUAUUCUUAUAUAUGAUAGAGAAUGGAAGAGAAUAUGGUGUCCAGAUAUGACUUUCAAUUUUACUUUCACUUCAUUCCACCAGAGCUCUCUUUAUUCUUAGAGCUUCUAAAACCUUUGGUCCCAUGGUCGAAAUCAUCAUGAACAUGCUCAAAGAAGUUGCCAAGUUCACAGUCAUCCUUAUGAGCAUCAUCUUCAUUUACAUGAGCUCGAUGCGUCUGAUGUGAGUGACACUGCCUCAGUUCAGUACCAACACUCAGUCAUUCCUGACUUUGUUCUCGGCCUCGCUAGCUUCGUUCGACUUCACCAUUUACAACGAAGACAUGGUUGUCAACAAGUGGUAUGGGUACCUGGCCAUGAUCUCGUUCUUGUUGAUAUCGGCAGUGACGCUGCUCAACUUCUUGAUCGGAAUCAUCUCCAACGUGUAUAACAAACUCAGUGAUAUUAGCAUUGGACUCUACUUGAAGUCGCUAGUCAAGGUCAGGCAGGUCUUGCAGGAUGACUCCAGAUACUCGUCACUAGUGUCGUGAGUGGCUCCGUUCAACCUGUUUGUGUUUCCACUGACACCCUUUGUGGUAUGGUUCCAGAGCGAAGCACUGAACUCAGUGUUGCUACACUAUGCUUACUUCUGGGUGCUAGUUGUUGCAUUGGUGCUAUAUGUGUGUCUGAGUUUGGUGUCUAUUCCAGUGGCAUAUUUUGUGAUUCUUAUCAGCCAGCUCAAAGUGCUCUGAGGCAUCAAAGCUACAGCAAGACCCAAAUGGAUUACAGUGUGUGACAUCUUCAUUUUCGUUGUGUUUGGAUUUGUGAUUCUUGCUGUGAAAAAUCUCUGGGACUGAUGACUGUUUGUGGUUGAUUUGUACAAUCCUAAUCUCAUCAAGAAACAUGAAGAUGAAACAUCAUUUGAGAAAGUUGCUGGAGACUUUAUUCAAGACAUCGAUGAACGCUCUUUCAAGUUCUUGCUGCUAUUUCUGAAGCAAUACAAGCACAAACACAUUGCUUCUAAAUCAUUGAUCAAAGACCUUGGUAGAACUCUAAAAACUGAGCAGUGACUCAGAAAUCUCAUAUUUCAAGCUGAAAGUCCACGACUCAGAAGAGCUCACAGAAAGAAUAUAAUUGAUGCUGGUGAGAGUGAUAAAAAUUUGCUCAGAGACAACGACAAAACUUUUGAAGAACUCACAAGCACAAUCAUCAACACUUACUCAGACAGAGAAAUUCUCAGUCUGUACAAUGUUCUGAAGAGGAUCAUCAACCGCUGCUCAAUACCGAACAGACUUAAAAACAACCACCAAAGUCUGAUCCAGAAAAUGUCCACAUUCAAAGACAACUUUGUAACUGACUUCAACUUAUCAUUGGUCAAACAUGAGAGCACAAACCCAUCCAAUGACAUCAUGAAGAAGAUCACAGAGCCAACAUUCUACAUUCAAGAGUUCAUUGACAUGAUGAAGGAGCUCCAAGAAAAGCAUGCCUUCGGUCAGAUAGUUUAUGCAAACACAUUCGAAGCAAUGGGAAUCCACAAACUCACAAAACAAGGACACAGAACCCACAAGAAGCUCAAAACCCAGUGAGACCAAGUCAAUCAAAAACUACUACGUUUGCAGCACAGAACAAAGACUCCGACUCUUCAGGACCUAAAGUGCCUCAAAGUAGGAAGGAACUAUCAAAGUUUGGUCAACUCCAGAGGAAAUUAA